AUGCAAAAAAGUUUAAUUUGCACCAAGUCAAAGGCUUUUAGGUCUCUUCAAAUCAUUGCACGCCGAAAAUUGAGGAAGAUGCUAGCUUAUAAAUACUGGAAGGCUGCACCAAAUUUGAAGGAGUAUGAGUAUUCUAAAUCUGGUAAGGUUGAUUCAGUUUCACUAAAAGUGACAUUAUUUGUAGAAGAGGGAGUUAAACCACUGUACCAUACGAGGAAGAUUGGUUAUAGAUUUGAAAUAUCACAGCAUAACACACUAUUCAAGAGGAGAAAAUUCUUUGAUCGGGGUUCGGUGCUAACAUCUGAUGGAGGAUUCAGCAAUGAUAGUGUAUCUAAUUUGCCUGAGAAAGGAAUGGAUCGAGCUAGCCAUAUAGCAUCUUCAAAAUUGCAUGAAUUGAUUGUGUAUACCUUGUAUGCAGUGAAGUUCAGCAUUAAGUCAUUCAAGAUACCAGAGCUUUAUAUUGAUGUUCUUAAAACUGAAACUAUUGGUUCAUUAAAGAGGACAGUAAUGGAAGCAGUGAUGACUUUAUUUGGAAGCGGAAUGCUUGUUGGUGCUCUUGUUCAGGGUAAAAAAGUUAGAGAUGACAAUAGAACUCUACUGCAGAUGUGUCUAUGUAGUAAAGAAAAGUUGAAUAAACUUGGUAUCACACUGGAGCCCAAUUCUAUUCAAGAUUCUCCAGCUGAUUGUCUCGACGAUCCUUCCCACUAUGAAACAUCUCAUCCUAUCAGAUCCCCUGAAACUCCUAUCCAAGAUUCAGGGACAACUCAUGGUUACAGGAUUUGUCUUUGCCAAUAAGUACAGAGAACUUUGUUGAAAGUAACCAUAAGCAAACAACUUCUGACUGACACUAUAGCUAACAUAACAACACCAAAUUCCAGAGUGCUUGUUGUUGUUCCACCUAGGAGCCCAGAAACAUUAGCCACGGAUCUUGUG